AUGGGGUCGAUGGUGUGGGAAAGGCUCUGGUUACGCCUCAAGCCCGUCGUGUGGCCGCGCUGGACAUGGAGAUACAUUCUUUGCUGCUCUGUCGCCACCUACGUUGCCUACUGCACUCUUUUCUCUGCCCCCGUCUUGUCGUCCCAGCUACCGCCAUACACCGGCCCAUACUCCGUGGGCGCAAUUGACGUGGAAGUCCCCGUCGAGACGCGAUCUAUCCACAAUGCAACGUUCAAAGACGGCGGCCAUCCGGCUUUCCAGUUGGAAACCGUCUUGUUCACUCUCUACUAUCCCUCCGACAAGGACGCCGUCUCUUCUAAGCCGCAGCAUUACUGGGUCCCGAAGCCGCUGAGGGUGACCGGCAAGGGAUAUGCUCGGGUCGCUCGCAUCAGCAACUUUGUGACUAAUGCAUUGUUCACCCUUGGGCUGUGGGCAUUGGUAGGGAGCACCAAAAUCCCCGCGCAGGUGGACGUCCCUCUCCAUCGUUCUCAAGUCGUGCUACAAUUGCCGGACUUCCAAGACUACCCAAUCACGCAUGAGAACGGGUUUCCCGUCAUGGUCUUCUCCCACGGCAUGGCCAGCUCCCGGACCGACUAUACUCAGUAUGUUGGGGAGUUGGCAAGCCGCGGAAUCGUUGUAGCUGCUAUCGAGCAUCGUGAUGGUAGCGGACCGGGUACUCUGAUCAUGAAGCAUGGCGCCAAAUCUCGGAUUUUACAUCAUUUCGAUCUUCGCCACUUGAAGAGUGACUCCCAACUGGACGGUGAUACCUUUAAACAGGCCCAGCUCGAUUUCCGGCAAGCUGAAGUCGAGGAAACUGUCCGAACGCUAGAGCACAUCAACAGGGGUGGAGGCGAUGAGGUUUUCGUGUCGAAUUCACGAUCCGAAGGCCAACAUCUGCAUCUCUGGGAAGGACAACUAGCUCUGAACAACACUACGAUGGGGGGGCACUCAUUUGGAGCCACUCUUGCACUCCAGACGUUGAAGCAAGGUCCAUCCAAACUUCUCCCAUUCCAAGGUGCCAUUGCCCUUGAUCCUGGGAAACAAAGCGGACGUCUCAACCACGAUGUCCAAGUGCCCACUCUAAUUCUCCAUUCGAAUUCAUGGUCGAAAAGCCAUUCUAUCUUCUUCGGUAGACCCCAUUUCGACGUCGUCAAGGAGGUUGUCCAGGGCGUUUUGAGGAGAGGAAAGGAUGCAUGGUUCCUUACGUCCUUGGGCACAUCUCAUCCAUCAGUCACAGACGCGCCUCUGAUAGAGCCGGGGCUGCUUCGGUGGACAACGGGGUCCACGAUCGAUGCACAUGAAGGCGUCAAUCAAUACGUCAAGGUCUCGGAGAGGUUCUUGAGGUACCAAAGCACAGGGACCAUAAGAGGGAUCUUGUCAGAAUGCGUCACGCAUCCAGAGUACGACAUUGAAGACAAGAGCAGGACAGACUCCGGGCCUUUGCCAAAGGAGUUCCAAAAAUACUGGCAGAUCCACGUCGCGCCAUGCGGUCCAGAGGAAGGAGAGAUAUGA